UGGAGGCUUUGUUGGGGGGGCACAGGGCUGGCUCUGCGCGUCAGCCGCCCAGCUCCGCGCCGCCGCCAGCCUCGCCGAGCCUCGCGCCCCCGCCGCGGCGGCUCCGGGGACGGGCGGCGCAGGGAGCGAUGGCGAGCGUGGGUUGUGAUGCGAUGGGAAGCACGAUACGGAGGCACGCCAUGGACAGUACCGGCCACAGCGUCCUCCUUCUCCAGCAGCUGAACAUGCAGCGGGAGUUUGGUUUUCUCUGUGACUGCACAGUCGCCAUAGGAGAUGUUUACUUCAAAGCCCACAGAGCGGUGCUCGCUGCUUUUUCAAACUAUUUUAAGAUGAUAUUUAUUCAUCAGACGAGUGAUUGCAUAAAGAUUCAGCCUACAGACAUCCAGCCUGACAUUUUUAGUUACUUGCUGCAUAUCAUGUACACUGGGAAGGGGCCAAAGCAGACUGUCAGCCAGAGCCGGCUGGAGGAGGGCAUCCGCUUUCUACAUGCAGACCACCUCUCCCAUAUUGCAAUUGAGAUGAACCAAGUGUUCUCUCCAGAGCCAGUCCAGUCUUCAAACCUGUAUGGCAUCCAGAUCUCAACUGCACACAAACCAGCAAAGGAGCGCCUAGGAAUGAAGGAGAGUCUGCCCAAGGUGGGCAGCAGGUCUGCUGCCCAGGGUGAUCACCCGCAGCUGCAGCUUUCUCUGGCCAUUGGCCUGGAUGACAGCUCCCUGGACCAGCAGGUUGCUUGCCCUUCCACUCAGCCUGCUGCUCUCACCAAGCCAGCAGAAGAGCAUCCAAAGCUAUCUGUCUCUGUAAAGCAGGAGAGGUGUGAUUCAGAGCCUGUAGUGUCCCAGAGCUGCACCCCUCCUUCUCCAGAGGUAACAAACCCCAUCUUUGCUAAGGCUGGCCUCAAAGUGCACUUGUGCCACUACUGCGGAGAGCGAUUCAACUCCCGGGGUGGGCUGCGGCAGCACUUGCACACCCACGUGUCUGGCUCGCUGCCAUUUGGUGUGCCGGCCUCCAUCCUGGAGAGCAGCGACCUGGGGGAGGUGCAGCCUCUGGGCGAAGUGCAGCCUCUGGCUGAGGACAGGGAGGCAGGGGAUGGCCACCGGAUUGGGGCCUUCCUCCUUAAAGAAGAUGAGCAUCAGCUGGAGCACCCGAGCUGCAGCGACCUGGAGCCUCUACAGAUUGGCCAGCUCUCCCUCAUCUCCAAGGAACAUGAACCGGUGGAGUUGAACUGUAACUUCUCUUUCUCAAGGAAGAGAAAAAUCAGCUGCACUGUCUGUGGGCGCACGUUCUUCCGCAAGAGCCAGCUGCUGGAGCACAUGUACACACACAGAGGGAAGCAGCACAGGUACAGCCGCUGCCAGCGGCUGGAGGGCCCUGCCACCCCCCGCUUUCACCCUUACUGCGACAGCGAGAGCAUGGGCAAGAGUUCCAGUUUAUCCCAAGACCACUUAGACGAAUGUAUACUGGAGUCAGAUCUCAUCCAAGAAAGCGUUGAUACAAUCCUGGUAGAGUAGUGCUCCCCCUGUAUAGCCUUCAGAUGCUGAAACUCUGGAUAGUUUGGCAUUUUCCACCUAGUGACCAGCUGCUCUCCACAGCUGAUUUUCUUCAGGUGCCCUUCCCAUCACCUCUGACAUAACUGUGAAGAACCAUGUACUUCAGUUUGUAUACUUGCUAGUUUUUACUUCUCUAACUUAUAAACUCAAGCUAAUUCCCCUCUAAGUCCUCCUUGGAAGCCUCCAUGUAACUCAGCUCUGUUUUUUGGUAAAUGUGAACCUCUUCUUGCUCUGCUUUACUAGAGUUGAGACUACUGUAUUGCUGGCUGUGAGGUUUAAACACCCUCUAGUAUGCUGUGUGGUGCCUAGAACUUUGUAUCCUGUAGAAUUGCUCUUCUGAAACUAGAUGGGGGGAGGUGUGGAGGGAGGGAAAUGUGUAUUGUGUUUCCCAAACAGUUUUAGGCUUUAAUUAAAAUAAACAUCUCAAGGAGAUUAA